UGGAUCACAACCGUCUCGGCUGCCCGCGAGCGCGAUGUUUGUCUGCUAGCUGCGCUUUUUUUGUUUGUUUUUGUUUUUUUUUCCGUUGCUCUCCGUGACAAACUUCUGUCAUAGCCAGUCAUUACCGCGUGCAGCUCGAGCUGUUCGGUCACCUAGCAACGAUUCUCUGAACUUCAGAGGCUUAACGCUUAAAAACAACGGUCCUUCAACCUCCAGAAGCCCGUUUUUUUCCAGCCUAGCUCUACCGUUUUAAAAUCAUUUGUCGACCGACAACGGCCUUGCUAGUUACUCAAAUCAACUUAACUUGGCUAGCUGCAUCAAAUCCGGUAGCAGUACCGAGUCAAACAAACGGGAUUUGCUAGAUUUUUGGACUGCAUUUGGACCACAGACCGAGUCAGGCACUUUGUGUUUUUCUUGAGAAGCCUGCUGAGGUGAAUCUCUGUGGUUUAGUUUUCUGUUAUUUCCGUUAAACACGCUGCAGAAUUAAAGCUGGCUAGCUAACAUAACUACUUGGAGAUAAAUGUCCAUGUUCAAAUAAACGAGCGUCUCAACACAGUGUAAAUAUAGCCCGCUAGCUAGCUAGAUAACUGUCAGGUAUUGACACUGCAGUGGAUAUUUGACUUUAGCUAGGUUAGCUAACUAAGAAAUGGUAUCUAGCUAGCUUGCUAACCUACCACAGCUAGUAAGGUUGCUAGAUUCAGAGUAAACACAGACUAGCUGUCAGCGUUGUUUGACAGCUCAUCUCAAAACGGCACAGUUGUUGGCAGGGAACUUGCAUGUUACACCAAUCCGUCUUUUCGUGCUUUCAGGGAGAGUGCCCUUGUUUUGGUAAUCUCGCUUUUUUUCACGAAUCCUUUUUCUUAAGUUUUGAAAUCCAACAUUUGCAAAUUAGCUUUCCAAAUGUGUACAAGUAGCUAGAUAGUUAUUGAGCAGUUAAAGGAGGAGAUUUCAGUCGCAUUCAGACCCACAAUAUCAUUCCAUUUGGGGACGAGCGCAAACUGCUUAGCUAGCUAGCUAUCAAAGGCACAUCAAUACUUUAUCAGAAAAUAAGCUUUAAUAUCAACAAUCUUCCAUCUCCGGCAUUUUUGUCUGCAAAAAUACGUUUUUUUAUGCUGCUGGCCAUCUAUCUUGUUUUUAAUCAACCAUCAGACACGAGACGGAGAGAGCAGAGGCUGAUUGUUUUCCUAUUUUUCAUUCGGAUUGUCAUUUUUAUUAAAUCGGUGUUAUUGUUGAAAAUGGCGGCCAUCGGAAUGGUGCAGAUGUUGAUCGAAGCUGCUGAAUACCUUGAUCGCAGAGAAAGAGAAGCGGAACAUGGGUAUGCCUCAAUGUUACCUUUCACCAACCACAAAGACAGGGAUGGCUCCAAACGGAAAAAUAAAAACAAGAAAAACUGCAGCAGGUCCACACACAAUGAGAUGGAGAAAAACAGACGGGCACAUUUACGACUAUGUUUGGAGCGUUUGAAAUCUCUGGUGCCUCUGGGACCAGAUUCCAACAGGCACACUACACUUAGCCUACUAAUGAAGGCCAAGGAACACAUCAAGAGGUUGGAGGAUAGUGAGAGGAAAGCUCAACAUGCUAUUGAGCAGCUGCAGAGAGAGCAGAGGCACCUGCGCAGACGCCUGGAGCAGCUGGGGGUGGAGCGCACUCGCAUGGACAGUAUGGGCUCCACGGUGUCCUCAGACAAGUCCGACUCUGAUCAAGAAGAGUUGGACGUGGAUGUGGAGGGCACUGACUACCUGCUGGGUGAUGCGGAGUGGAGCACCAGCAGUGUGAGUGACUCUGACGAGCGGGGCAGUAUGCGCAGCGUGUGCAGUGACGAAGGCUAUUCCAGUGCCAGCCUCCUCCACCUCACCACCGCCCAUGACAACACCCCCACACUCGGUUGCACCCUAUAAGACCACAACUUCUCCUCCCCCUAAACCCAGAGCUCCAUCCCCUCUCUGCUCGCCCCACGCAUCUUGGUGCACUCCCCCGAUCGCCCUUCUCUUCCUGGGCUCCGAUGGAUCGUCUCCAGGGCUGGAUUAGUUCAAAGCAGAUUUGGCCUUGGUCUCUGCAGACU